AUGAAUACAAGAGAGGAGUCCGAUCAGCCUGGUCCAAACGCUCCUCUGCUCGCUCCGACCGAAGCCUUUUCCGACCAUGACAACAAUGACGAGACAACAACCUCCGAGCUCAGCUACUCCGGUGGAUGGUUCAUAUGGACCCUGACAUUCUCAGCCGGUAUAAGUGGUCUCUUAUUUGGCUAUGACACCGGUGUCAUAUCCUCCACCCUUGUGACCAUUGGCUCUGAUCUCUCCAAUCGACCGUUGACAACCCUCGAUGAAAGCUUGAUCACAUCAUCCACCAGCUUAUUUGCCUUGAUUGCUAGCCCAUUCACCGGAGUUCUGGCCGAUAAAUACGGGCGGCGCAUGGUCAUUGUCGUGGCGGAUGCCCUAUUUGCGAUUGGAGCAUUGACCCAAGCGUCUACAAGUAAUAUAUGGGGUAUGAUAGCUGGUCGCAGCAUUGUUGGCCUUGCGGUUGGCAGUGCGAGUGCUGUAGCUCCAUUGUAUAUAUCCGAAUUAGCACCAUCGCAUGCCCGAGGACAGCUCGUUACAAUCCUAAGUCUGCUCAUAACUGGAGGGCAAGUGGUCGCGUACAUAAUUGGCUGGCUAUUUUCCCAGACUGCUGGAGGCUGGCGCUGGAUCGUUGGCCUUGGUGCGGUCCCGGCAUUCCUCCAGUUUGCAGUUCUUGUAGGUUUGCCGGAAACACCUCGAUGGCUCAUGCAGGUCGGACGUGACUCCGAGGCUGUCGCGGUCCUGACUCAAAUCUAUAAGGACUGUCCCGAGUGUGACCGUGUGGCGCAUCAAGUCCUGCGAGAUAUUCGAAGGGAAAUGUCGCAAGAGGCGGUCGAAUUGGACCAAACCAAAGUGUCAGACGCAAUACCACUCUGGUUACAGGAUACCUCUCAGCGUGCCUCGGAUUUGUUCCACAAUGGGGGCAAUCGGAGAGCCUUGACCAUAGCAAUGAUGCUACAAGGGCUACAGCAACUAUGUGGUUUUAACAGCCUGAUGUAUUUUUCCGGGAUCAUCUUCACAGCACUCUCAUUCUCUUCACCAACUCUAGUAUCUCUAACUAUUGCAGUUACAAACUUUUUCUUCACUCUUGUGGCGUUCGCACUAAUUGAUAGAAUUGGGCGACGCCGCAUAUUACUCUAUUCGAUUCCAGUCAUGAUACUUGCAUUAAUCCUAUGUGCGGUCGCCUUCUCAUCAGUGGAAGUAUCUUGGGGAUCUCCAUCUGUGAACUCGCGGGAUGGUACAGACCGUCAAAGCCUACUUUAUCCACUGCUUAUUCUUGCUUGCCUCACUGUCUACGUUGCAGCUUAUGCAUUUGGACUCGGAAACGUACCUUGGCAGCAGUCAGAACUCUUCCCUCUGAACGUUCGCUCUUUGGGGUCUGGACUUGCGACUGCUACAAAUUGGGGAUGUAAUUUUAUCGUGGGACUGACAUUCCUUCCUAUGAUGCAGUGGAUGUCUCCCACGUGGACUUUUGUUGUGUACGCAGCAGUUUGUGUGGUUGGCUGGGUUGUUGUUCGAGCAAUUUACCCCGAGAUGAGUGGACUUAGUCUGGAAGAAGUGAAAGAUUUACUAGCCGAUGGCUGGGGAGUGGAAAAUAGCCAACAACGAAGAGAUGAGUCGCAUAUUUAG